AAUUCGAUUUAGUAAACGAACGUAACUCAGAUACGGCGCAGCGCAUCGCAGAAACCGAAAGUGAAAUUAGAACUUCUCAAACCGUAAUCCUCAAGUCGGAGCAAUGUCGAAAAAGUUCCCGAACCCCGUGUCCAAGCACUUCAUCUACAGCGAACAGACGCGGAAGAGCACCUGCAGGGAGUGCCACUUCGACAUGGCCGGUCGUCACUCCGAGAACCUGAUGCGGCACCUAAAACGCAAACAUGAGGACGUCUACGAGGUCGUGGUCGCCCAGAAACGGGCCAUCCGGACGCUCCUCUGCCAACAGCAGGCAAACAAGGGCGAUAACGUCCCAUCAGACAGACAGCUUGCGACCCCCCUUUUGGAACUACGAGAUCUUUUCCCACCGGAACACAAAAAAAUACGUCUUAAUAAGGAUGCCUCUCGUUUACCGACCAAUAGUGCCAUCGAAACCACCGACAUUAUGGAUGAUGAAGAGGCGGUUGACGGAGAUAACGAGGACAAUGUUUCUGGCAAUCAAUUCGAUGGUGUCUUCAAAUUGGAGCUGCCCGACGAGGAGUAUCAAUCGAAUGACUCUGGUGAUGGCGAUCUGGAAACGAUUAGCCCAUCCAUGGCUAAGCCUUCGAUUUCCUUGAAGGCGGUGACCACCAGUUUGGCCUCCAGUACAACCUCAACCCAAACAAAUGCUCCUGCUCGUGCUGUGAUCCCUGCUCGGACUUCUUCGGUUUGUCCUAUCGCCGGUGACGAUGACUUCUACCUUCAAUACCUGGGCAACAAGCUGAGCAAAUACUCCGCCCGCACUAAAAACACGGUCCAGUUCCAGAUAAAUCGCAUCCUUUAUAAAGCGGAUAUGGGCUGCUUCGAGGACGCAGAUCUAAAGAUUGGCGAUUCCGCCUUGUUAGAUGAAUCCACUUGACCUAAGUGUUAUUAAGUCCUGACAUAAGAAUGUUACUUCUCGCUUAGCUGUAAAUAAAUUAUCCCACGAGUUGUCAAACACC